AUGAUACCAAGAACCAUGAUUUCCAACGAGGUAUACCUCUUGGAGCUCAACGACGACGGCUCGCCCAAUGUCCCCGGCGAGUACGUCUACAUUGCACCCAAGACGCGCGAUCCGGUCACCAUCCGCUUCACAAUCGAGGGCACGUCCAGCAUAACUCGUCAUGGAAGUCUCUGGGUAAAUAUCCCGGCGCAGGGAGUGGACUUCCAGAGAAACAAGUUCACAGAAUACAAACUGGUGCCCAAUUUCACUCGAAACCUCGAGGUCUCGAUACCUAUUUUCGUCCCAGGCGCAUACUCCUACUAUGUCACAUACAAUCCCCUCCCAGAGCUCUCAAAGAGCUUGAAAUCGAGCGCUCCAUCACAGGUCGAGGAGCAGAAGUCUCCGCUCUACUACAUCGAUGUCGCACCACGUCUCACCCUGGACGGCAGGCCAUUGCCAUUGCCGGCACUGUCGACCUUUUCCAUCAUCAGCAAGUUCAUGGGCAAGUAUCCGACUGAUUGGGAGAAGCACCUUCGGGGGAUAAGUGAGCGUGGCUACAACAUGAUCCAUUUCACCCCUCUGCAAGUUCGUGGCGAAUCCAAUUCGCCAUACAGCUUGUACGAUCAGCUGGGAUGGGACCCCGAUUGCUUCCCGAAUGGUGAGCCAGACGUCCAGGCCAUGGUAGAGAGCUUGGAGAAGAACCAUUCGCUGUUGAGCUUGACUGAUAUCGUCCUCAAUCACACCGCGAACAACAGCGACUGGCUGCUCGACCACCCCGAAGCUGGCUACAACCUGACCACAGCUCCUCAUCUUGAAUCAGCGUAUCUGCUUGACACAAAACUUCUCGAGCUCGGCUAUGAGUUGGAGAAGCUUGGCCUGCCGACAGAACUGAAGUCUGUCGAUGACCUCAUCCAGAUCAUGGAUGCCAUCAAACAAAAGGUCCUCGCUACAAUCCGAUUGUGGGAGUACUACACGAUCAAUGUGGACCGUGACGCUGAUGCUGCAGUCAAAAGCUGGCUUGAUGGAGAUGCCGAGUUUCCUGAAGGCUCUGUUGGUGCCAGUGGACCUGAUGGUCUCAAGUCUGCAAGUAUAGAGGACCAGGCCGCAUUUCUGAAGAAGAAUGGCUUCCUGGGCGAUGAUCGCAUGGGGGAGCGGUACAGACGGAGGAUAGACCCUGCGGUUGGAGCUGCGCUGCUAUCCGCCAUCUUCGGAAAGUACGAUGGCGAUAAGGGGGAGAGCGUAGACAAGGCUGCUGCCCGGGCCGCAAUAGUCAAAGUUCUCGACGUCGUCAAUGUACCUUUAUAUCGGGAAUACGACGACGAGGUUGCUGAGAUCCUUCAACAGCUCUUCAACAGAAUCAAGUAUUGCCGCAUAGAUGAACACGGACCCAGAAUGGGCCCCAUCACUCGCGGUAGCCCCCUCAUUGAGAGCUACUUCACACGCCUGCCCGUAAAUCACCGGACUUCGAAGCACAAGAAGGAAGACUUGGUCUUGGUCAACAAUGGCUGGGUUUGGGGAGGCAAUGCUUUGGUGGACAAUGCAGGGCCUCAGUCCCGUGUCUAUUUGCGACGAGAGGUCAUUGUCUGGGGCGAUUGCGUCAAGUUGCGAUACGGCAGGGGCCCCGAGGACAGCCCUUACCUCUGGGAACAUAUGACAAAGUAUAGCCGAACAUUGGCAAAGUACUUUCAUGGUUUCCGAAUCGAUAAUGCGCAUUCCACUCCUAUUCACGUGGCCGAGCACAUUCUGGACGAAGCUCGCCGAGUCCGUCCUGACCUGUACAGUGUUGCCGAGCUAUUCACCGGUUCAGAGGAGAUGGAUUAUGUCUUUGUGAAGAGGCUUGGCCUCAGCUCCCUCAUCCGCGAAGCAAUGCAAGCAUGGAGUACAGGAGAGCUGAGUCGGCUUGUUCAUCGCCAUGGUGGCCGUCCCAUCGGUAGCUUCGAGGUGGACGAGGUCUCCAAGGCUGACGUCAAGUCUCCGACUGUUGAAAAUGGCGACCCAUGGAACGUCGAGCAUUCUCGCGAGAUCAUCCGUCGCAUUAAACCUGUGCCUGUGCAAGCUCUAUUCAUGGAUUGCACACAUGACAACGAGGUCCCUGCACAGAAGCGAGAUGCUAGAGAUACACUACCCAACGCUGCCCUAGUCAAUAUGUGCGCAAGCGCUACUGGCAGUGUCAUGGGAUAUGAUGAAAUAUAUCCUAAGCUCAUUGAUCUUGUUGGCGAGACAAGACUGUAUACUUCUGAGUCGUCCAAUCAGAGACAAAUAAAGAUUGGAGGAGGCAAGCAUGGCAUCGGAGGUGUGAAGAAAUUGCUCAAUCAGAUUCACACACUGAUGGGCAAGGAUGGCUACGAUGAAACGCACAUACAUCAUGAGGAUCAGUAUAUUACUGUGCACAGAGUCCACCCAGAGUCCCGCAAAGGUUACUUCCUGGUUGCUCACACCGCCUUCCCUGGAUAUGGGAAUGGCAAUGGAGCUCUACAGCCAAUACACCUUACCGGCACAAGGGCGAGGCAUCUUGGUAGCUGGAUGCUUGAGGUUGACGCCAGCGAGGAGGCCAAGAAGGAGGUCCUAGAGGACAAGAAAUAUUUGCGUGGAUUGCCCAGCCGCGUUAUUGAUAUACCUGGGGUCAAGAUGGAAAUCAAGGACAACAACACCACCAUUACCCCCCUUGAGAAGUUUCCACCUGGCGCUAUUGCCCUCUUUGAGACGUGGAUUCCCGCUGCGGAGCACUCUGCAGGCCUGGACACUUUCGUCACGUCUGGUGCCAAGGAAGCAUUUGGGGAGCUCGAUCUUAUUGAUCUCAAUUUCCUCUUGUACCGCUGCGAGGCCGAGGAGCGGGAUGGGAGCGACGGGAAUGACGGUGUCUAUGAUGUUCCCGGUUAUGGCAAGCUAGUCUACGCGGGUCUGCAGGGCUGGUGGAGCGUGAUGAAAGAUGUUAUCAAAGACAACAAUCUCGCUCAUCCAAUGUGCCAAAAUCUUCGCGACGGACAAUGGGCCUUAGACUACAUUGUUGGACGUCUAGAGCGCGGUGCUCAAGGCCCUCAUUACACUCGGCUGGGCAAACCUGCCGUAUGGUUCAAAGAGAGAUUUGAUGCUAUUCGCAAGAUUCCUGGCUUCCUAUGUCCUCGCUAUUUUGCACUGAUUCUGCGAACUGCGUAUAUGGCUGCUUGGGAUCGCGGUAUCUCUCUGAUGAACAUCAAUGUGCAGCAAGGACAGUGGUUCCUCCAGAGUUUGGCGAUGGUGAGCGUGCAGGAGACUGGGCUUGUCAAGUCUGGUUCAUUGUAUCCCACUACACUUGUCCCGUCGCUCGCAGCCGGUCUCCCACAUUUCGCUGUUGAGUGGGCAAGAUGCUGGGGCCGGGACGUUUUCAUCUCGCUGCGAGGUUUGUUCCUCGGGACGGGACGCUUUGAUGAGGCAAAGGAACACAUACUGGCGUUCGGCAGCGUGUUGAAGCACGGCAUGAUUCCCAACCUUCUUGGCUCUGGAAGAACGCCUCGUUACAACUCCCGUGACUCGAUCUGGUUUUAUCUACAGUGCAUACAGGAUUACACUCGACUGGCACCGGAGGGACUCGACUUGCUCAAGGCGACGACCAAGAGGCGCUUCUUGCCUUAUGACGAUACCUGGUUCCCUGUUGAGGAUUCGCGCGCUUAUUCAAAGGAGAGCACAAUUCAAGACAUCAUCCAAGAGGCACUUCAAAGACAUGCUGAAGGGAUGUCAUUCCGCGAGGCAAAUGCUGGCCCGCAGAUUGACUCCCAGAUGAAGGAUGAAGGAUUCAACCUUUCCAUGCAUGUUGACUGGAGCAAUGGCAUUCUUUUUGGCGGAAACCAGCACAAUUGCGGUACAUGGAUGGACAAGAUGGGUGAGAGCGAACGUGCUGGCUCCAAGGGCGUUCCCGGAACCCCUCGUGACGGUGCCGCUGUUGAGAUCACUGGCUUACUUUACAGCUGCUUGAAAUGGCUUAGUUCUUUGACAUCACAGGGCAAAUAUCCUUACAAUGGUGUUAAGAAAGCGGAUAAGUCUGAAAUUACGUGGCGUGAAUGGGCAGACCUGAUCAAGGACAAUUUUGAACGGUGCUACUACGUUCCGCUGUCACCCGAUGAUGACACGAAUUACGACGUGAACACAAAGAUUGUCAAUCGACGUGGUAUCUAUAAGGAUCUCUACAGGUCAGGAAAGGAGUACGAGGACUACCAGCUACGGCCAAACUUCCCCAUUACGAUGACCGUUGCUCCCGACCUGUUCGAUCCCGAACAUGCUAUCAAUGCGCUUGUUCUCGCGGAUACUGCUCUUAGGGGACCGACCGGCAUGGCAACGCUGGAUCCAGCUGAUCUCAAUUAUCGUCCAUACUACGUCAACAGUGAGGACAGCGACAACUUCGCGACGAGCAAGGGUCGCAACUAUCAUCAAGGUCCAGAGUGGCUUUGGCCCACAGGCUUCUUCCUCCGUGCGCUGUUGAAGUUUGACUUGGAACGACGAGACAAGAACGACCAUGAGGGACGCACCGAGGCCUUCCAGCAGGUUACCAGACGCUUGAUGGGAUGCAAGAAGAUGAUCGUGGAGAACCCCUGGGCCGGACUUACUGAGCUGACCCAGAGGAAUGGCGAGUUCUGCAGUGAUUCUUCUCCCACACAGUCAUGGUCGGCUAGUUGCCUGAUCGACCUGUACAUGGACGCCGCUGAGGAGCAGGCCAAGACUGGAAAGUUGUAG